CAGCACCCCGAGGAGGAACACUGGCCAGUGGAGAACGCCGCAGACCAAACAGGCGAUCUGGGGCAGGAGACAUGCGUGGUACCUGGUGACACGCCAGCCUGAGAUGUUGAAAUCCUCCAGGUAGUAGAUGGCCGUGAUCGUAAAACUGAAGAAACUAUCAACCAGUGCCAAAGAAACGCAGAAGAAUCCGGAGAAGGAGCGGAUCACGUGGUGUCGCUGUACUGUCACAACCACCCAGUUGACGAAACUCUUCAACCACAGGGAAAGCAGGAGUGAAGGGAAUAAUGUAUCCAUGAUGAGACAUAAUCCAAGAGCUCGAUGUGCACCUGCAAGAAUGGAUGGCGUUGAGGAAAGGCUGCGCACCAGAAAGGUGGAGGAAGGUGGGAAUUGCAGUACGACCAUCCGGUCCCACCGGCAGCAAGAGAAGCAGGCAAAGCCCUCGAGAAGACGGAGAGAAGUGAAGAGGUCUCAACGCAAGCCGGACUGUCCGGACCACCUGUCGGGGUCUAGCGAUCAACAUCGGUUGCCAGAGCAGCAGGGACCAGAAGCCUCAGUGUCUAUGGAGGAAACUGCAGAGAAUUCCACUAACAGAUGGGAUAGAUGCAGGUACCCCAAACGACGAGGACAUUUUUUGCAUGGACCGUACCCUGCUACUCACUUCGGACCCAAAGCUUGCAUACUUCCCAAUCCCACCUCAGUCAUGCACAUUCAGGAUCCGGCCAGCCAGCGGCUCACCUGGAACAAACCCCCCCUCAACGUCCUGGUCAUCAGAAAGAUCAGAGACGAGAGCCUGCUGGAGCCUUUCAAAGACCUUUGCAGGUUUCUUGUGGAGGAGAAACACCUGAUGGUUUACGUGGAGAAGAAAGUCGUGGACGAUGCUGCUCUCUUUGAGGACGAGCUCUUUUCAGCCAUUCGCAAUCAGCUGUGCACGUUCAGGGAAGGUUAUGAUGACAUCUCGGACUGCAUAGAUCUGAUUAUUUGUUUGGGUGGAGAUGGAACUCUUCUCUACGCAUCCUCCCUUUUCCAGGGCAGCGUUCCUCCGGUCAUGGCCUUCCAUCUGGGCUCUUUAGGGUUCCUCACACCCUUCAAGUUUGAAUCCUUUAAAACUGAGGUGGAUAAAGUCUUUGAAGGUAACGCUGCCAUCGUCCUGCGCAGUCGACUGAAGGUGAAGGUGGUGAAGGGCAUGUUUCAGAGAACUGAACAUGAGGAGAAUGGCACAGUGCCUCGUAACCAUAUUAACAAUGAGUUAGGCAAGAUCUCCCUACAGUUACAGGUGCUGAAUGAAGUGGUGGUGGACAGAGGACCCUCCUCCUACCUGUCUAAUGUUGAUCUUUACCUGGAUGGACGUCUCAUCACAUCUGUACAGGGAGACGGUGUAAUAGUUUCCACCCCCACAGGCAGCACGGCCUACGCUGCGGCAGCGGGAGCUUCCAUGAUCCACCCCAACGUCCCGGCCAUCAUGGUCACCCCAAUCUGCCCCCACUCCCUCUCCUUUAGACCCAUCGUGGUGCCUGCGGGAGUGGAGCUCAUGAUAACGCUGUCUCCUGAUGCUCGCAACACGGCCUGGGUGUCGUUUGAUGGCAGGAAGAGGCAGGAAAUCCAUCAUGGAGAUAGCAUUAAGAUCACGACCUCUUGUUAUCCGCUUCCUUCUAUCUGUUGUCAUGACCUGGUGUACGACUGGUUUGAGAGUCUGGCCGAGUGCCUUCACUGGAACGUCCGCAAGAAGCAAACACGCCUAACAGACAUGAGCGAUUCCUCAGAGACGGAGAACUGAGCCAUCAAACAUACACAGUCGGCCUAUUAAAAAUACACAUUCCACAACAUUUCACAUGUCCGUUCUGACUCGCAGAAGUGUCGAGUCAAGUAGUUGGAGCACACACGUUGGUAUAGUUCAGAGACUUCUCAAGAUAUUUUUUCGUAACAGAUUAGGUCAAACCUGGGACAGUCAAUGCUCUGUGAAUGUGAACAUGGAAAAGUUUCGUGUCACUUGAAACGUGGUCAGUCGGGCGGCAGUAAAGGACAGUAACAUUAUGCUGAGCAGGUUUUGUAGCGUUGCUGUCGUGAGAAACUCUACGUCAUAGAAAGCAACAGUUGUCGCAGGUCCCGUAAAUGCCAAAGCAGUUCUGAGCACUUCUGAUGAAUUGAUGUAGACAAUAAGUUUAAAUGAAAGAUACUUUCAAAUCCUACAUUUUUUCUGCGUGUUAGUGGGUUUCUCUUAAGUGAAUUAAAAUAACUUGCAUUUAAACCAAGAGCUUAAAGAGAUAGUUCACCCAAUAAUGAAUUGCUCACUCUCGAGUUGUUCCAAACCUCAAUUUCUUUGGUUCUGAUAAACACAGAGAAAGAUAUUUGGACGAAUGCUUGUAACCAGACAGUUCUUUGCCACCAUUGACUACCAUAGUAGCAGUCAAAAGUGCCCCAUAACUGUUUUCUGUCCAACAUUCUUCAAAACGUCUUCUUUUGUGUUUAACAGAACAAAAGAGAAAGAAAGUAAUUUUUCCUACUAUGGUCGUCAAUGGGGUCCAAGAACUGUUUGGUUACAAGCAUUCUUCCAAAUAUCUUUCUCUGUGUUUAUCAGAACAAAGACGUUUAUACAGAUUUGGAACAACUCAAAUGUGAGUUAAUGAUGACGGGAUUUUUAUUUUUGGGUGAACUGUCCCUUUAACUCAUCCUACAGCAGGAACAGAAGCGUUGAGUCACACAGGUGAUGCAGAAGAGCAGCGAGGCCUCCUUGUGGUGGAUAGUGUUCAUUGUACAGCAUUCAUUCACCUUUUACAGUCUGUAGCUUUAUAUUAAUACCAAUAGACUGCAACAGGGACACAACUGUAGCUUUGUUCAUUUAACAGAUGCAUUGUGGGCAUGACAACAUCAUAUCACCUAUAUAAGAGCUGGUAUGUCUACAUCAGUUUAGGUUUUUACAUUUGAGUGUAAAUAGACACCAACGUAUUCAUUCUGUUUGUAAUGUUUAAAUAAAUAUGUGAAUCCUUUUGACCUUUAAACUUGUGAUAUCUUGGGUUUUUAAAGGCAUACUCCACCCCUAAAUGAUUUUUUUCAUCACUUACUCCCCCUCAAGUUGUUCCAAACCUGUAUAUUUGUUUCUCUUUGUUCAGAAACACUUUACAAUAAGGUGCUAUUUGUUAACAAUUAGUUAAUGCAUUAGCGAAAAUGAACAAUACUAAUACAGCAUUUAUUAAUGUUAGUUCAUGUUAAUUUCAGCAUUUACGAAUACAUUAUUAAAAUCAAACAUCGUCACUGUUAACAUUAGUUAAAGCACCACGAAUUAACAAGAAUAACUGUAUUGACAUAAACAACUGUAUAAACAUUAACAGGGAUUAAUACUGAAAAACUAAAUUGUUCAUUGUCAAAUUAUGCAUUACUAAUGUUUACAAAUAGCACCGUAUUGUAAAGUGUUACCCUUUGUUCUAAUGAACACAGAGAUAUUUGGAAAAACGCGUGUAACCAAACAGUUCUUGGCCACCAUUGACUACCAUAGUAGGAAUAAUUGUUGUAUACAUUUUUGUUCUGUUGAACACAACAGAUAGUUUGAAGAAUGUAGGACAGCAGACAGUUCUGGGGCACCAUUAACUUCCAUUUAAUAUUUUCUACUAUGGUAGUCAAUGGUGACCCAGUACUCCCAUUCUUCCAAAUAUCUUUCUUUUUGUUCAACAGAACAACUAAAUGUAUACAGGUUUGGAACAGACAGAAUUUUCCUUUUCGGGUAGAGUAUCCCUUUAAAUCUCUUCAUAAAUAUUUAGGGACUAUUGAUAUAUUCUCAGGAUUUACUUGUACCUAUAAUACUCGUAGUAUUAAGAUAUAUCGUUCAAACUAAUGUUGUAACUUAUUUAUAAUGUCUCAAUGUAGGCCUAAUUGAUACCCAACAGUCAUUUGUUUUAAAAAAA